GCGUUCCAUAACUUAGAAAUGCGAUCGAGCUCGAAAUCUGAACGAGAUGGAUGUCAAUUUCAGGAUUGGGGAAUGUUUUACGACGUAUAAAGACCUGGAAGAGAAGCUCAAAAGAUUUGUAAGAAGUUCGUGGUCUCCGCUGUACAUCAGGGAAUCUAGAAAGAUCACAUGUACUCGUCGGGCUCCCAACAAGGUCGUGAAUGAGAGUCUUGUCUACGGCGACUUGCGGUAUUGCUGUAUCCAUGGAGGUAGAAGUGGAGAUGCUCAAAAUCGCAAGAGCACCAAUCAAAUGUCAUGCCCAUUCAUGAUGACUCUCAGAGCCGAUGCUGACGGUCGUUACCUCAGGGUCACCAAGGCCAUUCUUGAGCACAAUCAUCCCGUCUCGAAGGAAAUAUAUGAUCAAUUACCGCGAAGGUUUCGCAUCAGAUUCGAUCCUGAGGCUCUCCCUACCCCUGCUUCAAGGCACAAGGCCAAGAAGAAGCUAAAUAGACACCCUUAUGCAAUGAAACGAGAAGAGGUUGUAAAGACGGAGCAACCUAUAUUGCCAAAGCCAGAUAACAAUAACAUUGCAGCUAACUCAAUUCACAUGAACAAUCGUGGAUUGUCCAAUCACAGUGUACCAAACCAUGGGUUACCUAACCACGGGCUUCCCACCCAGGGGCUAGUGAACCACGGGAUAUCCAACCACAUUAUCCUCGACACCAUCUCGGAAGCGCCACGUUACCCGGUCCCAGCGCCCUCCAACGAAUGCCACAAUUCAUGGAGCGACGAGCUCGAAGGGAUGCUUCCCCCGAAGAAGCGACGGACAAGCAUUUCAAACGAGGACUUGCACGAAACCCUGGUGUCGCAAGCGCAGCAGCAGGUUGAGCGCGAGAAGGAUUCCGAUGAGGUGCGUGGAGCGCUUCUAACCUACCUUAGGAGACAUAACGAACAGGACGAGGAGGAUAGAUUUUUCUUGAGCAUGGCAGCUAUCGUCAGGACUUUGCCGAGUGACGUUCGAGCGACGCUCAAGUUUCGCAUACAUCACAUGAUAUUUGAUGCUCAAAUGGAUAACAUGUCACAGACGACAUAGCAUAUAAUUUCCUUUUAACUUCAGCUGCAAUUUUUUUAAAAAUUCAAAUGAGGUAUUAAUGGACAGAAUUUAUAGAGGUGGUAUUGUGUACAUUGUACCUAGUUUCAAACCUUGUUUUAUGCAGAUUUCAUCCUCAUGUACACUUAAUUCAGCAGGUGUAUUGAAAAGUGUCCAAUAUGAAUGCAUGCUUUGGUCAAAAUGGAGCGAAACUAGCACUUGCUACUAUUGUAACUCUUUGUUUUAAUUAGUCAAAACAAAUAGCAAACUUAUUUGUUAACAAUCUUCAGUAGAUUCGUUAAUGCCAUAAACUUUUAUUUGGAUAUGUGAUAAAAGCGCACAGCCAGUAUACAAAUAGCGAAUAAGCAUGAGUGCGAUGGUGCAAGGUUUCCCAUGAGGUGAAAGAAAAGAUGUUCUAUCAACAAGGCAUUAGCCGAGUUGAAUAGAGUGAUUCUUUCACCGAAUGCGACAUCUCGCACCAUUGCACGAAUAAGAAUAUUUGCUAUAGUGUUGUACAAUUCCUCAGAUUUUAGCAAAAAUAUGAAAAAACAAGAGUUUUUCCCUGCAGUAAUCUAUGAAAAGGGAGCAAAAAUAUUGAAAGCAAAAAUCAAUCCCACAAACACACAUGACCUCGGGCAGCAUUGCGAAUGUAGCCAACAAGCUAUGUGCAUAUUUCACCUUACUGAGCGCAAAGAGUGGAAUUGUAUUGUGAUGUCACCUCGUAAAGCCGUGCAGCGGUACAUAUUGGAUGGUACGUUGUGUGUGCAACGGUACGAAUGUUUGACAUUCGGUCUCCCAUUGCUCGCGUACAACAAGCUAAGUAGGCGUUGUAUAAUACGGGGCACUUUCUUAAGAUAUGAGCUGAAUUGAGCAUACCAAAGCAUACAAUCUACAUAAACAAAUGGGUUGAAACCACAAAUUCGAACCCACCUUGUGAAUUUGAGCUAAUGUUUUUACAUGGAUAUACAUGUAUCUGAAGGUAUAUUUUACUUACUGUUGUUAACAACUCAUUUUUAGUGGAGAGAUAUUGCUUUCUUCCUUAUAACAAAAUCUAUGUUUAUUUUUAUUCCUUUUGGGGGUUUGCCAGGUGCCCAUGGAUAAGAUGAAAAUUAAAAUAUGAAACUGUUUCUAUGAUUUGCCAAAUUACACCUUUCAUCGGCUCUUUUGGGGGUUAUUAACCUUCGUUACUGGCUGUUUUUCGAGAAGUAUUGAGAAAUAUCUUUAUGGAAUAUGGUUAAUAAUUUACAGAGUAAUUGAUUUUUUUUUUAGUGGGCAAUAAUAUGUCUCUAGAUUUAGUGUGCAAUUCUAAAGUGAUUAAGGUGGAGAUAGUAUUAGAUGAGAAAUGGACUGUCAGAUUCAUUACUAAAUCUAAUUGUCACACAUGUUCCCUUUGAGAAAAAAUGUUGUAACCAUUCAAGGAAACUUGUGUUCCUACAACUGUUGUGUACAAAAUUAAGGUGAUCUAUUGAAAUCAUUAAGGUCAUCUUAAAGGGAGAAAUGUCACUUUUCAAAAGUUAUACAGUCAAAUUCUGUUUCUGGUGAAUAAACCAGUUCGGAGUUUCAUUCUGCGCGUGAUCAGAAGAAGGUCAUUUGUAAUAAAGUGAAAUGGUGCUUUAAUAUUCAAUGAGAUAAGCACCAACUGUGAUGUCUUGAUUAUUCAUAUAUUCUUUUGAAUUGAGUUUUUCAUUAGAUCCACA